UUGCACGAUCCUCGACGCCACCAUGACGGGAGCUGCCACCGCCGUGCUGACGUCGGUGGAUCUCAUGGCUGUACUCUCAUCGUUCCAGCAAGGCGCGUUCUGCAUGGUGCUGGACUUGACAAGUCAGAUAUGGUACGCUGGAAUCUCGCCAUCGUUCCUCAAGACGUUCCACUACUGCAACAUCGAACGCCUCGUCCACGUCAUGACGUCCUGGUAUGCCACGUACGAUUUCGCCGCGAGUCUGCCCAAGGUAUUCCGUGCCGUGCCGUAUAUGCGACCCAUCGUGGCUUAUGAAGCCGUGUACUCUGGGAAUGCGGCAGUCGUGCACUUGCUCCACCGUCAGUUUGGCAUCACGUCGUUUCGAGAUCCCUUGAUCGAUAUUGCAACGUACCAACGUCACGACGACGAAGCUGGACGGCAAAAGCAGUUGAACAUGGUACAGCUCUUGCACUUCUUGGGCCAUCCUGGGUGUUCUCGCGCGGCCCUAAACCAUGCCAUCGACCACAAUCACGUCGACUUGGUCCGCUUCUUCGCCACACAUCGGACAGAAGGAUGCGACACCGGGCUCGUCUGGGCGUCGUCGUCGUUAUCGUUGGAGAUGGUGCAAGUGCUCCAUCAGUGCACAGCGGUCCGAUUCACGGCGGCUGUGAUGGACCAAGCUGCCAGUCGAGGAAACUUGAAAAUUGUGCAAUUUUUACACGAGAACCGACGAGAAGGAUGCUCGACCAAGGCCAUGGACUGGGCAGCCGGCAAUGGUUACUUGGAAAUGGUUCGCUUUUUACACGACAAUCGCACCGAGGGCUGCACGACGAAGGCCCUGGACGAUGCUACCAAACAUCGCCAUUGGAAUGUCGCGCGCUUCUUGAUCGAAAAGCGACCCGAAGGCGGGACAGCACUCGCGCACCACGCGCUGCAGAAAGCUCACCAAAUCGAGUUGCUCAAGGCCCUACGUCUGCGCCAUAAACUGUCUCGAGCUGAGAAAAAACAUCUGAAGUUGCUACAAGAAAUGGAACGGUUGGGAACCGAGCUGCAAAUGUGCACCAUCACCUGAGUGCUAUCUCCCAACAUUCCUGCCGCCGCGAAUCCAACCUCGUUCGAUUUGGUUGGAUCUGUAGAGAUCUCACACGGCGAAGAGCAAUGCACACACCCAAACCGUGCUCAGCCCACCUCCUGCGCAUGGAAGAGGUCCUACCGUGAGCAGAGUUAUUUGCGCAUAGAACGCCAUAGCGGACGACGUUCCUCUUUGAACGAAUUCUCGUGGGGGGUUUGCCCGACCUGAAUCCAAAUUGGCUCGACGCGUCCUGCUCAAGAACGCCCCUUCACUCCAACAAGUAUUUACACGCAAAUCGUUUAGCCAUGUCUGCAUUCCAGCCUUGAUCGCUUGAACUGGGCACCUCCAACUCAGUCUCUCACGGGAACACUGUACGCCAGCUCGAAUGGCACGUCGUUGGGCAUCGCAAUCGAGAAACAGCGCCACAACUUGACGUCCAUGACAUAACACGUUUUGCCCCAACGGACCGACAAGAGACCGUUGAGCAAGGCGGACGCACCGUCCAUGUAGUACACGCCUUGGUGCAGCCAGUGGCGCUUGUCAAAGAGAUGGUUGGCUGCUGAGCUCAGCAGCAACGAGUGGAUCGCAUUGGUCCGUAACAUGGAGCCAAAGUAGCGCCGAAUUCCAAUGUAGCUCGCCACGUUACUGAUCCAAAUGAUGGCGAUGAGCGAGUAGAGACGCCGAAUGUCCCCGAUGGCCACAAUGCCGGUCUGGCACACCAAUUGAAGGUCCAUCUGGUCCACUUGGCAGGCCGGAUCCAUGCGAACUCGAUGCACGACGGGCGACACCAACGUCAAAAUCGCCACCACGAUCCACACGACCAUGCUGCUGACGGGAGCGUAGUACUGCGUGUACGCGUCCGUCCAAACCAUAAAGAGAUCGUUCACGAUGUACACAAGCCACGUGACUUCACCCGCGCCCAAGAUUGUCUCGUACCAUGGGAGGGUCGGCACGGAAAAGCCCACAAUGCCAUACCCUCUCGACUCGAGCUCCAACGUUGACGUGCUUAAGAGACAGACCGCAGUGACGCCACGGAGGAACAGAAGCGGUCGACCGACCCACACCAUGCCGCCCACGCGGUUCAGUUCGUACAUGUUGAUUCCUUCGACACGCCCUCGGCUCGCGACGAACGAGAUGCAGACGAGGGCGGCAAGGCCGAGCAUGACCCCCGUGACAUAUUGGACCCCCGACCGGGCAUACGCAGCAAACGUUGUCGGCAUUUCCAUCGCUUGCACGGUUUGACUGCUUGUGGUAGCCCAGUCUGUGACGACCGUGACCGCGCCGCGGUCGCCUUCGAACGCGACAACAUCGCGACUCCCCAUCGCCCACUCGAUCACGUACAGCCAGCUCCACAUGUCAAACGUCGGGUCGUUUGGAUCCAUCAACAUACUCGUGCCAAUUUCAAGCGGGGCCGACUCGGCCUCGCGAAUGUAUUGCAUCAAGGACACGUUGAGCUGCCGCACUUGGGCUGCCGCCGACCGCGCCAUCGCUUCGAUCGCGUCCGUGUCGUCUGUCGCAAUGAAAGUUUGUAUAAAGCGCCGUGCUUCGGCCAAGUACUGGGUUUGGCACCGGUGCGGCGACGCAUCGUGCCAGCACACACCGUCGAUUGUGGAUUCACUUGCCACGCUAAGACCCGCUGCCAUGACAGAAAUGAUCAAGUUGUCCAACGUGGGAUAAAAGGAUGCGCCAAGAACAGGACCGCAGUUGAAGUCGCGCAUCGUGAGUUGCGUGAGCGCCACCAAGGGGUACGGAGUCGACUCUUGACACGUCAUGCUGCCGCCAUACGUAUAUGGAUGCGCCAGGAGCUUGAACUUGGACGGCACGAUCUCGACAAGGUCCAUCGUUGUGUUGAAAAACAUUUCCGGGCCAACAACAGGAUGGGCAGCCAGCGCUCGACGAAGCACGUCCGCCCCAGUCGCAAUCGUGUGGCGCACGGCGUCGGGACAGGCAACGAGUCUCAUGUCGAUCGAGCCCAACGGACCAAUGUCCCGACCGACUGCCUCAAACGCUUCGUAGAGGGGCGCCUGCAGCGUGCCGUUUUGAAGCAGGACACUCAACAUGGUGUGGUUGGCAAAGGCAAAGUUGGCACUCGUGGCAAUCAAGCUCUUCCCGCCGACAACGCUUGUGUUGGCGGUGACGGCCCAUAAAUCGUUGGCGAGCCCCCAGUACAUCUUGAACGAGGUUUGCCAUGCCAGGUUCAACGACCCGUUCCCGCGACUUAAUGUCAGGGGGUACUGCACCCCAAAUGCAUUCUCGACCAAAUAUGUGUUGACGAGCCCAUGCUUCUUGAACGAUUGCCACUGCACCGAGUACUUGUCGAGGCCCGCACGCUUCCAAGCACUCGUUUCGUCAGGCAUGGCUAACAACAACGCAUUGCGCUGGAUUUGAUCGAGCCAUCGUUGGCCUUCCGCACUGGACUUUAGUUCGUCCGCGAUGGCAACGUCAAAUGCCGUUCCCCAGCAUUGCGUCCACGCAGUCCAGUCGACAUUUCGCAGCACCGUCUCCAAAUACACCGCUCCAUUCGACACGUCAGCAACGCAUCGUGCUUGACGUGCGUUGGAAUUUGCCAUCGGCCACUGUCGCUUCCAGUCCACCCAACAGUACUGCGUCGAGAUCCAAGGCACGACGGUGCACGGGUCGGACCGCCGCAAGCCCGCAAUGGCGGUCUCUACCUCGAUCAACUGGUUGAGUUGAACGGCUAGGCCAACCCCAGCGGGUAUCGAGGUCGUAAUUUUCGGGUUGGAGUAGUUUCGCCACACUGACGUCCACUGCGGUUCGUCGAGCCGCGUCGCCAUCUCGGUCGGGCGCAGCAUGAAUUGCUGGUUGAACCAAUCUGCAAGGACCACGUGAUGGCCUGUCAUGUUGAAUGUGGCCCAGUAAAAGUCGUUGGCAAAAUUUACGCUCGACACGGCUAUGUAUGACACACUUCCCACACCCGUAACGACGACGUAGCCAACCCCAGCCACGACUGUGACGUAGCGUAGAAUUUUGCCUGUCGAGAGCAGCGAUGGGUCGAUCUCUUGCAGGGUGCGUCCCGCAAACGUUGGACAUGGAAACGAUGUGGCGUUUCCGUGAUAGGAUGAUGUGGCUGGAAGGAGGACCCACAGCUUGACGUCAAAUAUCCAGUGGUGGCUUCGAUAUGAAAUCGGAACGAGCCCAGUCAUGAUGCAGGUUACGCUGUCCAGCUCCCACGCAUACUCGUGCGCUUGUGGCCGCAGGAACGACUCUGCUGCGCCAUACAAUGACAGCGGCGCCUGUGGUUGACGCGGCCUCGUUCCUUUCAACGCGAACGCGACCACGAUGCCAACGAGUGGGGCGACAGUUUGAACCACGAGCAGCUGAGCAAGUCGACUCCACCAUCCGGUUCGAAGUACACCCGAUGUGCAAUCGAGCCCUUGGUCGAUGCGAAUUCCAGUGCACCGUCGAUCGAGCACCAUGUCAAUUUGCACGGGAUGCACCAGCUCGAUUCCGAAUGUGAUUGCCGACGCCAAGACCGUAGCGAUCGCCGUACAAUGCUCCGCGAGACUUCCCGUAAACACUAGCAAAACAUCACUGACGACGAAGCAAACCCACGUCGAUUCACUCGCGACCAGGAGCGUUUCCCCAAGUGGACGCGUCGUAGCCACGAGCUUGGCACCGCCAAUGUCUUGCGCGAUGGUCGCUGUCGUCGAACUCAGCACGACCAAACCUGUCAGGCCUCGCAAUACGAGCAGACAUCGUCCAAUCCAGACAAAUGUCGCCACGCGAUGGAAAGCCAGGACAUUCCGCCCACGAAAGCGAUGCCCGCUCCACGCAGCGUACAAGACCAUUAAACACCCGAGGGCGAUGCUCACGAUCGUUGUAUACAUCACCAUGUAGUACACCGUUUGAGGCCCUUCGUAGUCACUCUUUGUCUGGCUGCUCCCUGGAAGCAGCAGCGUCGGGUUGACGUCGGAGAUCAUAAACACGGUCGAGACAUCCCCUUCCAACCGCACAACUUCUCGCUUGCCUCGAACCCACUCGACAAUGGCCAGCCAUCCAACAAACGACCAAGUCGAGUCGUCGGGGGCCAGCAGUGGUUGCCGAAGUAAGAACCAGUGGCCCGAGGCGUUCGUGGCGUACUGGAAAAAUGCCACGGGCGGCAAAUCAGGCAGUGCUGGUGCACGCCAUGGCGUCGACUGUGCAAGCAUCUGCCAAAAGUCCGCGAUCUCAACCAGAGUAUGCACGCAUGCAGCCGGGUCGGUUGCGUGCGACGCGCAGAUGGCGCGGACAUCCGUGGGACCAGCCAUCAGUAGUGCAAACAAAACGUGUGUGGGGUCGGCGACGAUCUGGAAUGGAUUCAUGGACCCGCACGUGUCGUCGAAGCUAUACUGUGCCUGAGGGAACGAGGUGGGGCCAUUGAACAAGCACAGAAGAUUCCCGCCAUAGUAUUCCAUUUCGUGGCCCACGAGAAAGCUGGGCGGAGCUGGAGCGAGCACAACGCUGGGCCACGCGACCACCCGACGCGUCAAGAUCGCGGACGGCCACACAACGUCAUUCAACAGCAACGAGAACGUGGCAAAGAUGUCCAAGAUGGGUCGAGGUACCGGCUCAUACAGGACGUCGACCGACCCAAACGGACUGAUGUUGUCGUAAAAGAGCCCCACUUGACGCACGUACUCGUUGUGCUCGUCUUGAAGGGGGUAAAACGAUGAGAACUCGGUGCCAUCGACUUCAAAAUGGUUGGCAUCUCCCCGGACGAGACUUUGGUUCAAAUACGCCAGAAUGCCCACAUCGUUGCGAAAGUUCCAAAACAUGUUGCCGGUGGUCCAUGGGCCGACAUCGAACGGCGACGAUUUUACGAGGACCACUUGGCGCUGCUUCAAUGCGUUCACGACCUCGAUCGAUUCCGACAUGGACAACUUGAAGUUGUUGUGGUACGUCAUGUCAAACCGCGUCAAGUUGCGCGCCGUGAGAUACGCGACUUCGUCCUCCACGGAUAGUGCCAACGAGUGCAGCGGCCGUUCGUUCAACCACUGCGCUCCUUCUCGAGUCUUUUGCAGUGCCAGCGCUAUCGUGAUCGUCCACGCGCCGUGGUUUGCGUCAAAGUAGUCGGUCCAGUUGGUGUUUCGAAGCGUCGUUUCCAAGUAGUUGGCAGCGUUGUCCACGUAGUUGGCUAAGCACCGCUUCGCGCGAGCGCGAGUAUGUGCGAGCUCCCACCGCCGAUCCAAGUCGACCCAACAGUACUGCACGUACAAUGUGGCCACAGCGGAAGUCGUCGCUGCACGGAGGUCUCGAACAGCAUGACGGAUCGUGUUGAGUUCUGUGUAAAACACUUUUCUCGCAUACCCGGCCUCAAAAGUGGCCUGGACAUCGUCGCUAGCGUAGUUUCUCGACAUUGGACGGUGGACCGCCCAUACAUUGGCAGUUUGGUGCGUGAGCAGCUCGUCGUUGAUGACGUCGACAAGAUAAACGGCAAACCCCGUGCCGUUGUACGUGGGCCAGUACAGGUCGUUGGUGCACGACGGCGCGAGGACGACGCAAUACAUGACCAUGCAUGCCAGCGUGCAUGCUAGAUACACCAGACUUCCCUUUGCCUGUCGUCGGUUCGGUCGAGUGCAUGCAACAGGGUCGACGGCCAUCGUCGGCACGUCACUCCAACGUGGCGCGAUCAUGUCGGCAAUAUCUGUACGGACGCCUGCUGAACGCGCGAGAUUCCACGUCAGCGACACUGUGGCGUCGGCGCUGUUUCUUAACGAAUGCACACCGCCCUGGCCAAGACGGUACGCGCGCCUCGUUUGGAUGGAUAUCGGGCCGACGGCGGAAUUCGGACGUGAGUUCUACGACCAACAAACGACUCGGGAACCGACCUCGC